UUGUGAGGGUAGAAUUGCCACAUUUAGCCUCACAUUGAAAAUGAAAAUGAAAAUAAAAAUAAUGAAGAACACCCUCUUCCCUCAUCCUGAUGUGUAUAAAUAAAUAAAAUUCAGUUCAUCAAAAGCGGUACGAUCGUCCAAGUCAAUUGUGGUGUGCUUCUCUCAAAACAGAAGUGGGACUCGUUAGAUUCGGUGCCAGCAAGUCUAUUGCCUUUUAAAGAAGGAAUAAAUCGAUUAAAAUCGUGAAUUUAUUUUUAAUUUUAUUCCAUUAUUUUUUUUUUUGUUUGCUUGAUUUUCCUUAAACUUAUAAAUUAUAGUUGCUGGAUUGCAUUAACGCGAUCAAUCAAUGAUUGAAUACCUUUUUUGAUAAACUGAAAUUUUAAUUCAAAAAAUAAAUAAAAUAAAAAAAAGACAAAAUGUCUUUCCGUUCGCGAUCACGUACAACACAACCCGUGACAUCCCAUCGACGUUCUUUAUCGAGUUCUCGUGUUCCAUCCGGUUCCACUGGUUCCCUUUACUCUUACAAUGGCAGUUCAGUUGGUCUACCAUCAUCAUCAUAUUCCUCUUCAUCUACACGACCACUUAGCACAGGCUAUUAUCAAAAUUCAUCGAGUGCCUAUCAAUCGCCAUAUGCAAACAUCUACAGUUCCCGAGAUAAUCUCUACAGUAAUUCAUCAUCUUCAAAUCGAAAUAAUGGUAGCUACUAUUCAAACAGUAAUCAAGGUUCAGGGCUAUCACGACAAAAUUCCGGAAAUAAAUCAUCAUACAGCAGUUACAGUAAUCCAUCCAAAUCUAUGUCAAGUAGUAAUGGUGGCUAUGAGUCAAGAUACUCAUCGAAUCCGUACAAUUCAGAACGUUAUAUUAGUCCUUAUUCGAGCUAUGACAAUGGAGUGACUACAGCUGGUUUGAGUUUGUCAAUGCCCGGUGGAAGGACCUAUCAAAGUCCUCCAAAAUCAAAGAAUUCUUCAAGUAAUUCCUACAGUAGUGCACCUUCAUCAAGAUCAUCGAAUAUGUUAAAAUCGUCCUCUUCAAAUACCAGUUUGAAUUCUUAUCCCUCGAGUUCACAUAUUAAUUCGUCAUCAAGUAACGCGGUAUCAUCGGCUGCAGCAGCAUCUGCUGCUAGUGCUGCUGGUAUUGUCCCAAGAAGCAAUUCGUUGAGAGAACAUGAACGAAAAAGUCGCAAUCGUUCUCGAUCGAGGAGCAUAGCUCAGAGAUCUUUGAGUGCGUCAUCAGAAAAGAGUGAAGGCUAUGAAAGUGGCAAUGAAAGAUCAUCACGCUCUAGACUUGGUAGUACAGUUAGCGUGGCAACGGACACAGAUAUUGGUGAUACUAAGAGUAAUUCUAAGGAUAAAACGGAAAAUGGUGAACUUAUCGACUAUAAAGCUCUUUGGGAAGCUGCGAAGUUAGAAAAUGACAAACUUAAACAACAACUAAAGAAAAAGGACGAUGAGAUCAUCCAAGCCCGUGCAACAGUUGAACGUUUUACCAACGCAACUACUAAAAAUUCACUCUCAGAGAUUGAAAAACGUGAAAGAAGAGCAAUGGAACGUAAACUUUCUGAAAUGGAAGAAGAGUUGAAGCUAUUACAGAAGUUAAAGACUGAGAAUGAGCGUUUACGCGCUGAAAAUCGCGCUCUAACUCGUGUCGUUUCAAAAUUAACGACAUCAGCACAAAGUCAACUUCAAAAAAAGAAUUAAAAUAAAAAAAAUAAAUAAAUUAAAUCAAAAAUUAAUGAAAAUUACAUAGAAACAGAAAAUAAAAAUUAAAUGCAAUAUUUAAUUUAACGAAAAAAUUAACAAAAAUAUAAACAAAAUUAUAUGCAAAUAUAAAAAAAAUAUAUAUAUUUACUUUAUGCUUAUACAUUUAUAUAAACCAAAAAGAAAAGAAUUCAUAAAAAAUUACUUACAAUUUAUUAUUCGUAAAGUUUAAAAACUAUAUAAACUACAUCGAAAUAUUUAUCAGCGCUCAUAUGAUCGUGUUUCGUCGCCACUACGUCUGCGUUACCAUCUACAAUAGAAAAAUAUAUAAAAAAAAAUUAUUUAAAAUUUCGAAAAAAAAAAUCUUUAAGUUUGUGGUUUUGCUGUGGAUGUGGCAAAAAUAGAGAAAAAAAAAUCUACUUCGUCUUGUCUAAAUGAAAAUUAUCGUCAUUUCAUUGUGUCACCUAAAUGAAACGGGGCUUUAAUCAUGGUCACGCAUUUUCCGCAAUUGGAAGUUUUCAAAACGGAAAAUCAACGCCUUAAAGAAGAAAAUGGAGCGCUAAUUAGAGUAAUUAGUAAAUUAAGCAAAUGAAAAAUAAGAAUUAAUUAUAAAUUAUAUAUAUAUAUAUAUUAUUUCUCUAAAACAAUUUAUUAAUUAUAUGAUAUAAAUUUUUUCGUUUAAUUUCUUGUUUACACACUCUUCACUUUCUUAACAAAAUGAAAAAAAAAAAAACAAAAAAAAAACUUUCAAUUUAAUUACAAAAUUAAUUCUUGAUGAUUGUUAGACCAUGAACUUUAAAAACAAAACAAACAAAAAAUUUACUUGAUAUAAUUAUUUAAUUAAAUUGAUGAUGUGUACCAAUUAAAAACAAAAAAAAAAAAAAACAUUUAUUCAUUGUGUAAUUUAAUUUUAUAAAUAUUGUUUAUUGUCAAAAUUUGUUAAAUAAAAAUCGUUAAUUUUAUUACAUUUAUUAAAAUAAAAAAUAAAAAAAGGAGAAGAAAAUUAAAAAAAAAAAAACUAUAUAAAAGAAAUUAUAUAUAUAAUGUAAAUGUUAUAGUUUAUUGAAAUAAAACAAAAAAUUACUGAGAAUUAAAUAAAAAAUAAAAAACAAAAUAUUUUUAGACGUUAGUUAAUAGAGAAACAAAAAAAAAAUCAACACGUUACAACAACAACAAAAAAUGUUAAACUUAACCUAUUUAUGUGAAAAACAAAAAAAUGAGAAAAGAAACAAACAAGGAAAAAUAGUUCACUCAGAACUUUUGUUUAUUUUUUUUAAUUAAUCGUUAAAUAUUCUUCAUUAUUUUUUAAGUUUAUUAUUUUUUUUAUUUAAGAUUUUAACUGCAUUGAGAAACCGAUUUUUUUUUUAUAAUUUUUUGUUUAAAUAUUAUUUAUAAUUAUUUUCUUUUUUUUUUAUUGUACUAGACGAAUGCAAAAGAAUUAUGAAAACUAUAACUACAAUUAUUGAAAAAAAAAAAAACUAUUAUAAUAAAAACAAAUCAUUACAAAAAAUAUUGUCAAGAUAUAAACAAAUAAAAAAUUACAUUUGUAAAUCUAUAAGAGAUAACAGAAAAAAAAAACACCCACACAUUUUUUGUUAAAUAUGAACUUUGAACCUUAAACCUUAAGGACCUUAAAAAAUAGAAGAUAAAACCUAUCAUCAAUUUUGUUGUAUUACAUCCAUCUGAUGAGAUAUUAUUAUUUUUCCCAUUUUUUUCUUAUUUUUAUUUGAUUAAUUAAUAACAUAAUAUUCUCUUAAUUUUUUUUUCUGUUAACGAUAUUUAUAGUUUUUAAUGAAAACAAACAACAACAAAAGAAAAGAAGAAAACAAAAAAAAAUACUUUGUGUGGAUAUAUUAUAUCACGAUUUUAUCAAUUAUUUUAGUUUUAUUAUUAUUUUUAAAUUAUAUUUUUGUUAUUUAUUGAAUUUAAUAAAAAAAAAAUUUCAAAUUAACUAUAUGAAAGUAAAAAAACAAAACAAUAAGCAAACAAAAAAAAAUUAAUGUAUGUGAUCAAAUUUUAUAUGUUUGUGUUUUAAUUUUAUUUCUCUGUGGUACUUCUUCAUUGUUUCGUGUGAGAUUUUGUCUGCAAAGUGUUUAAUUUCAUCAGUCAUAUUGAGAGUGUUUCACUAGAACCAGAUUCCACUUGGAAAAGUUUCUGAGUUUAAUAUGAAUUUUAAUAGCAAAUAACAUUUCAAUUUAAUAAUGAACAAGAAUACGAAUGGAAAAAGGCCGGUUAUGAAAGCACCCUAUGUACUCGUAAUUGCUGUACUUUUUGGUUCAAAAAAAUCUAAAGGUUUUCGACGUCUUGUACUCUAAACUUCUAUUCAAACAACCAAACCCCGAAAUUUGGGUUUAUUAUAUUUCUGUAUUU